AGGGGAAGAGAGUCUGUAUAUAAUCCGCAAGACUCUGCAGUCCUCGCCAGGAGGAGCUUCAAGUUUAGCCAGACUUUUAUUUGGUGAACAGUGACAAGAGCCGGCAAAAAAUAUGUGCAGGGGUUUAGCCGCGUUACCAGCGACAUGCAUCGAAAGGGCCAAAGGAAUAAAAACCAAAUUGGGAUAUCUGCUGCAGAAGCCUGAGCUCAUCACUGACUACAUCAUCCCGUACUCUGACAAAGCGGAGAAGACAGCCAAGCCUUCAAGACCAUCCCAAACAGAAGUCCAACAAUGGCGCGAAUCUCUGGAGAAGCUUCUGAUGAACAGCUAUGGUCUGGCUGCCUUCAAGGCUUUCCUCCAAUCUGAGCACAGCGAGGAGAACAUUGAGUUCUGGAUGGCUUGUGAAGACUACAAGGCGACCAAGUCUCCUCUCAAGCUGGCCGUCAAAGCGAAGAAGAUCUAUGAAGACUUCAUCGAGAAAGAAGCUCCAAAAGAGAUCAACGUUGACCACUACACCAAAGACAUCACCAUGAAGAGCCUGAUUGAACCUUCGACCGCUACCUUUGAACUGGCUCAGAAGAGAGUCCUCUCUCUGAUGGAGAAGGAUUCAUUCUACAGGUUUCAGAAAUCUGAACUCUAUCUGGAGCUGAUAAAGUAACAAAGUUGCUGGUCUGUGCAAAGCAUGGGUGGAGAGUGACCCUUAUUGUUCACAUCGACCCAGUAAAUGUAUAAGUCCUCACCGCUGGUAGUUAAGUCAAACAAUCAUUCCCUGUAUUAUCUUACCUUCCAACUUUGGGCACUACAAUGGCAUCAUAUAUACAUCUUGCACCUGUCUUUGCAUAGCCCCAAAAUAAACAUCCACCAAACAUGGCCAAUGUGUUUAUACCUUCAA